AUGUACAGGCUAGCUACUAGAAACGUCGCCGUUUUCUUGCCUUGUUGCCGCUCCAUUAGUCUCAUGUCUCCUUCUCCUCGCUUUCCCAUUUUCAUUUCAUCACUUCCUACUCGUUUCAUUCGAAAGCUUUCAACUGUCCAGCUAAUUGAAAGGCUUGAAUAUUCUAAUUUGCUUGGACUCGAUUCCAACAUGAAGAAUGGAAGGGCUGCUUUAGUUGGGGAAUUCUACGAAGCCUGGGGAAUAGAUGCUUGCAUUCUUGUUGAAUAUGCAGGUUUAAAUCCCUUUGGUGGUCUGCGAUCAGAUAGUAUUCCAAGAGCUGGUUGUCCUGUUAUGUGCAUCGUGGAGGAAGUUCAGGGCCCAACUCAAUCUCGAUCCAGGAAACGUCGCUUUAUAUCUGGGCAUGCUCAUCCCGGAAAUCCCUAUGUAUAUGGACUUGCAGCAGUUGAUUAUGAUAUUAACUUUCCAGAACCAAUGCCUAUAGUAGGUAUUGGUGGAAUAUCUCAUUCUGCAACGGGCUAUUGCAUCAACAUGGUACUAGAGACCAUGAAGACGUAUUCUUCUGAAGAUUGUUUGACAGAAGAAGCAGUUGUAACAAAACUUCGCACUUGUCCGUAUCAUCAUUUAUUUCUGCAUACAUCUUUGAGGCAGAACUCUUCUGGAACGUACGACUGGAGGGAAUUCGGCGAGGGGGGACUCUUAUGGGGAGAAUGUAGUUCUAGACAUUUUGAAUGGUUUGACGGAAACCCUGUCUCUGAUCUUUUGGUCAAGGUAAAGGAGCUUUAUGGUCUUGAUGAAGAGGUUGCGUUUCGGAACACAACCGUGUAUUCGGGAAAUAAGGCUCGACCUUUAACUCUUGGAACCUCUACUCAAAUUGGUUGCAACAUGCAAACUUAUGAGCAGUCCACACCACCCCCCACGCCCCACCCUCACACUGUUGUGCCUUCAGCAGUUGGGCCAAAUGAUGAGGUCCAGUCUUCAUACCAAGUACACAAGAACGAGGAAAAGGAAGCUAGUUCUAGGCCUAAGAGAGUGACUAAAAGCCGAGGGGCAAUAAACAGAGUUAUUUUAUCCUUCCUCAACAUUUUCGGUGCUUUCGUUGAGAGAAGCCAUUCAUGGCCGAAGGACUCCGUUCCAAAGGUUGCUGGAUGUGAAGUUGCAUCUAGUAAGAUUGGUGAAAUAAUCUCUCUGGAUGGUGGAGAUGAUCAGAAAAUCAACUCUUUUUCUCCUAUUCCUCAUGAAUUUUUUGAUGAUAUGGAGUCUAAAUGGAAAGGUAGAAUAAACCGAAUACACAUAGAUGAUGUAUUUUCUGCAGUUGAAAAGGCAGCUGAGGCCUUGCAUAUAGCAGUCACUGAAGAUUUUGUUCCUGUUAUUUCUAGAAUCAAGGCUACUGUAGCCUCACUAGGAGGUCCUAAGGGAGAAAUAUCUUAUUCACGGGAACAUGAGGCAGUUUGGUUCAAAGGCAAACGCUUUACACCAAUUUUGUGGGCUGGUAGCCCUGGAGAGCAACAAAUUAAACAACUUAGGCAUGCUUUAGGUUCUAAAGGUAAAAAGGUAGGGGAGGAAUGGUUUACCACACCGAAGGUAGAGGCUGCAUUAACAAGGUAUCAUGAAGCAAAUGCCAAAGCAAAAGAAAGAGUUUUGGAUAUUUUAAGGGGACUUGCCACUGAAUUGCAAUACAAUAUAAACAUCCUUGUAUUUUCUUCCACGUUGCUUAUUAUUGCCAAAGCAUUGUUUGCACAUGCAAGUGAAGGGAGAAGAAGGAGAUGGGUCUUUCCCGCACUAGUGCAAUCUCACGGAUUUGAGAAUCCCAGGACCCACAAUUGGCAAGGUUUAAACAUGCAGGCCCAAAGCCAACCAAUUGUAGGGGGAAGGGGUGCGUCUGAUGUGAAGUCAUUGGACAAAAUCCAUGGGAUGAAGAUUGUUGGUUUAUUACCUUAUUGGUUCCACAUAGCCGAAGAUGUUGUGCGUAACGAUGUUGAUAUGCAAUCAUUAUUUCUUUUGACAGGACCAAAUGGAGGUGGGAAAUCAAGUUUACUGCGGUCAAUUUGUGCUGCCGCACUACUUGGGAUAUGUGGACUCAUGGUUCCUGCUGAAUCUGCCCUGAUUCCUUAUUUCGACUCCAUCACGCUACAUAUGAAGUCAUAUGAUAGUCCAGCUGAUAAAAAGAGUUCCUUUCAGGUGGAAAUGUCAGAACUUCGAUCCAUCAUUGGUGGAACCACUAAAAGUAGCCUUGUACUUGUUGAUGAAAUUUGCCGAGGAACAGAAACUGCGAAAGGGACUUGUAUUGCUGGUAGUAUCAUUGAAACUCUUGAAAAAAUUGGCUGUCUGGGUAUUGUAUCCACUCACUUGCAUGGAAUAUUUAUUUUGCCCCUAAACAUAAAAAACACUGUGCACAAAGCAAUGGGCACAACGUCCCGUAAUGGACAGACAGUGCCUACGUGGAAGCUGACAGAUGGAGUAUGUAAAGAAAGUCUUGCUUUUGAAACUGCCAAGAAUGAAGGAAUGCCUGAGCCUAUUAUCAGAAGAGCUGAAUAUCUUUAUGAGUCAGUUUAUGCUAAGGAACUACUUUCUGAAGAAAAUUUCCCAAAUGAAGAAAAGUUUCCUAUGUCCAUCGAUGUUAAUAAUUUGAAUGGAACAUUUCUUCAUUCAAAAAGGUCCUUAUCAGGAGCUAAUCCAGUGGAAGUUUUACAUGAGGAAGUUAAGAGUGCUGUUUCUGUGAUAUGCCGGGAUCAUGUAAUGGAACAAAAAAGCAAAAAUAUUGCAUUGGAGGUUACUGAGAUAAAAUGUCUCCUAAUCAGGACAAGGGAGCAGCCACCUCCAUCGGUUGUAGGUUCUUCUAGUGUCUAUGUGAUGCUCCGACCAGAUAAGAAACUCUAUGUAGGAGAGACUGACGAUCUUGAGGGCCGGGUCCGAGCACAUCGAUUGAAGGAAGGAAUGCAUGAUGCAUCAUUCCUCUAUUUCCUUGUUCCAGGAAAAAGCUUGGCAUGCCAAUUAGAAUCUGUGCUCAUCAACCAACUUUCUAGUCGAGGCUACCAACUAAGCAAUACAGCUGAUGAAACGGACAAUCUUAGAAAAGGUGCAAUUGUAUAA